GUGGUCAGACGAGGGGUCAUCUUUCAACGCUGAAAUAACUUCGCAUGGAGGUUUCCUCGCAUCGAAUAACUGCCGUGUUUUGAGCGCGGAAAGGCAAACAGAAUGGACGACAUUAGAUGACUUUGGGGUAAAUAAUGAGACAUGAUGUAACCUCAGUCAUGUCUAGCAAUAGACAAGGACGAGAGAGGCGAAAAUCGCCCGCAAGAGAGCCCAGUCCUGUAACAAACGCCGGCUGUUUGCCUCCGAGUGUAGUUCAUGUCUCCAGAGAAGAGCUCAAGCGAUUUCUUAAGUGUAAAAGAGUUGGGAAUUAUCUCUUAGGAAAGACCAUCGGAGAGGGAUCAUUUGCCAAAGUAAAACAAGGAUUCCAUGUGCUCACGGGAGAAAAGGUCGCUGUGAAGAUUAUCGAUAAGAAACAAGCGCUUGAGGAUCGAUAUGUCAGUAAGAAUAUGCGCCGCGAGGCCCGCAUUCUGCAGAUGGUCAGACACCCGCAUAUCAUAUCACUCCUGGAGGUCGUGGAGACAGAAAACAGGUAUUACCUUGUGUUUGAGCUGGCGGGGGGUGGUGAUCUCAUGGACUACAUUUGUUACCGCAAGCGCUUAGGCGAGACGGAAGUACGCAAGUUUAUCCGACAGAUCAUCUCGGCAGUCCAGUACCUUCACCAGGGCGGCAUUAUACACAGAGACCUCAAGGUUGAAAACUUGCUGCUUGAUGAGGAAUACAACAUCCGUAUUAUCGAUUUCGGUCUAAGUAACACGGUAAGCGUGGCCAAGCCUGGGGACCUCUCUCCGAUAAAGGACUACUGCAAGACACAGUGCGGCUCCCCUGCGUAUGCGGCCCCCGAAAUCCUAGGACAUCAGCUAUAUGGGACCAAGGUGGACGUGUGGAGCAUUGGAGUGAACAUGUAUGCCAUGCUGACUGGUAAGCUUCCUUACACCGCGGAACCGUUCAACAUCGUCACUCUAUACAAUAAAAUGGUGCGAGGAGAGAUGAACGCCGUGCCGGACAGACUCUCGCCUAGCUGUCGUGACUUGCUGAUGCGUUUCCUGACCUUUGACCCUGAUGAGCGUAUUUCAUUGGAUGAAGCGAUAAAUCACGUCUGGCUCAAGAAAGGAUACGAGGAUGACGAGUUAACGCCGGUUGUCUUCCCGAAUCACCUGCGACUGAUCUACCUGAAUAUGGACAUCUUGAACCACAUGGUCGAGAAGAUGAACUUUACCGAAAAAGAUAUCAUCGACGGAGUUACUAACAACAAGUCCAACUCCGCAUCGUGUGUUUACCAUCUCCUCAGCAAGAAACUACGGAUGUAUCUUUUACGACAUCCACCGAAAAACUCCGUUCGAUCUUCACGGAGAGAUAGGGCUAGACUCCGAGACGAGCCCGACGCCUCCACGAAGAAACUACGAAUAGAAGAAACCCUUGGACCGCCAAGUGACGAGAGGCUCGCAAAGGUAUCCCAAGCUGAGUCGACAGAUUCUACGGAUGACGAUGCCCGCCGCAAACGGCUGUCGUGUAACCAGGACGGACCACUUCUUCGAGAUUCAAAUGUAAAUCGUGAAGACAGCAGAGACCAAUUGUCGGUCCCCAUGUGCAGCCAAGUCCAGCGAUCCGAGGCCUUCGAGAACGGCGGGAACUGCGAGGACCCUGAGGACCGUGAGGAGGACCGACCGUACAGUCGAAGGGACGCGGUGGUAUUCGACAUCAGUGAGCCGUGCAACGAGCGCAAGAUCUCUUACGCCGCUUACACACAAGAGCAAGGAAAUGACGAGAAAUUUGAAGAAACUGAAAUCACGGUUCCAGUGAUCUUGACGGAUGAUACGCGAGAGCCGUACAUUGCCAAUGGAGAGCAAGAUAAGGAAAAUGAGGUACUCGAAACGAAGGAUGAGGUUCGACGUGUUUGUGUACCAAGGGAUAUGCUAGGAAGGAAUUGUAAUGGUGAACAACGGCUGGAGGAUACGGAUUUUGAGCAAGGGCUAGAGAAAAAGGUACCUCAGCAAGGGUUGAAGAAAAAGGUACUUGAGCAAGGGCUGAAGGAUAAGGUAUUUGAACAAGGAAUAGAUGAUAAGGCAUUAAAACAAAGACUUGAUUAUAAGGCGCUUGAGCAACGGCUAGAGGAUAAAGUAUUUGAGCAAGGGCUAGAGGAUAAGGUGCUUGUGCAAGGUCCAAAUGAUAAUUUACUUGAGCAAGGAGUGGAAAAGGGUUUAGGGCGUGGUCAAGGGGAUAAUGUUUUAGCACAAAGACCAGAGGAUGUGCUAGAGUUUGCGGUGACCUCACACGAGGAGACUACCAUUAAGGCGGUUGAAAUUAAUAAUAAUGAAAUCACGGAAGACGGCGAGGUCAUUGUGCAGGCGAUUCCGGUGUCUGUGGAAGUGCACGAUGACUACAAAUUCAACGAACAUAUCAAGCAGGUCACAGAGGUGAAUCACGCCAAAGGACUAAGUAAAAGCGAGGAGGUGGUGAACCCGCAAGGUCCCGAGAUAAUCACGGGUCGAUCCCGCAGCUGUUCCGGUCCCGUCACCUCCCACAUUAGUACCACUGUGGUCUCGGUCCCACUCUCCCCAAAGCCCUUGCCGCUUGACCUUCCCAAGAAUGUGGCGAACGCGAGUCGAAGGGCGUCACUUCCAUCACGCGGCCGCACGCGUAGCAACCCAUCCGUCACCACGGAAACCAGCACCUUAAGCAAACAAAAGCGGCCAUCCCUCCCCUGCAGGGCAUACCCCGUCACUCGAGAACCCAGCCCAAUCAGGAAGCCCAUCCAACCCAGCGAGCAUGCGCAGACGGUCCCCAGGCGCAAGAACUCAGCCGGGAACACUUACGGGCUAGUGUGCCAAAUUUCCGCUGUAGAACCGGAAGCUGCUCCAACCACAAAAUCGGAAGUUAACAAUGGGCCUGCGAAAUUAGUGCUGAAGAGCAACCGCAGUCCGAUAUCCGUGCACUGCAGUCCCAAGCCUUCUAGGCGACACUCUACGCCCGUGAAUCCUUCACAGGAGUUCUACAAGGCGAUCAUGGGGAAGGUAUCGCCGACGAAUGAGAAUCGGGAUAACUUUGAUGGACGACAGAAUUUGAAGUCGUUCUCUACUUCUCUGAGACGUCGUGGCUCUACUUCGUCAAAUUCAAGCGACGACUCAAAAAAGACGUCACCUCGCAGAAACCGCUACUCAUUACCCAUAACUCCACGCGAGCCACUCCUGCCAAACCUAGCUCUUAAGCUACAUACAAAGCAACCCCCGUUAGAACCGCUGACCCUUCCGCCGGCGCCAAUGCUGGCUCAUCGAUUAGAUGGUACGUCACUAGAGGACUACAAUAGGUCGCCCAGGCGAUCACGUGACCUGCACCAGGUUCGGAGAUCUACUAUAGAUAACGUAUCGCGGAAAGCGAUCGAGGGGGUCUUACACGAGCCUUCCAAGCAGCCUGAAAAAGCCACGAGGGAAUCACAAGACAAAGCCCGGCAACGACGGAAAACCAUAUCGCUGGACACGAGGAAAUCACGUGACGAGGAGUCACGUGGUCAUGUGACCGAGAUUCACGUGGAAGUAAAGGCGAGCCCGCGAUCCGGCAGAAAAUCGCUCGAAUCAGGGGAUGUAUCACUCGACGCACAGGCGCAAAAAUCCACAGGAUUACCACGCUUUAUGGAAGUCAAGUAUUCGGUUACGGAUAAAGAUAAGCGCCACAGGGUUCCCGUGGAGAUGUCAAGUCUAGUAAAGAAAGGCGAAGAGAUAGAAGACGAGUUAAAAACUGAUUCUCAAGCAAAUGAGCAUUUUGACGACGCGGACUACAAUCGUGAGGGGCUUGGGGAGAGAGAUGCAUUAAUGGCGCGAAAAUCGGAAGUAAGUCAAAACGGGGUGGAUGAACGAGAAUGUUUGUACGCGUCACCGAAUGUCCCGCCUCGCAUGACGUCAUCCAAAUACACGGUACUCAAGUCACCACGUGUUAGUAGAAAGGCAACGCGGUAACACAGGGAUACCUUGGCUAAACAAAGCUCAUCUCAUAAACUCGCACCACCCCCUCGAAAAUCGUAACGGUCAAAUGACAACACAGUGUUCCAUUGCCAAAUAUAGCCCUCAAAUGAGUUAAAGUCAAAACGGUAAAAUUAUAACACAGCGGUAAGAAUUUUAAACAGAAAAAGUUUGACUGCAGAGAGUCGAAAAACGUAACGGGAAAAUUUAAAACGAGGAUAACAUAUGGUUAAACAUGUCUCAACUUAUAAACUCUAACAUUGAGCAGGAAAUUUAAACAGCUAAGUGUUAUGAGUAGAACAUAAGAAAAUGCCCUUGCACCGCCAAUCAACAGUUUGUACUUCAUGUAGCCAUCAAUAUGGUUAGGGUCAGUGUCUAGGACAAUAUAUUGAUGGUUACGUGAAGUACCAUGCCGCGAGAUUGCCACCAAAAAGGCCGCGUGAUCCGUUCUAAACACCGGAAGUCUAAACACCGGAAGUAAAUAGACAAUGAUACCUUUUACUGGCACAAUCAGAGAGAAAGACAGUUCUGGGUUUACUCCAAAUGGCAAUAUUCAAAGAUCUAAAUAAAAUAAAUUCUUGAUAAAUUCAUAUUUUACUUACAUACGUGAACGCUUGUCUAUGCAACUAUUUAAAGCAUUUAAAGUAAACACAUUUCCUAGACCGUCUCACCUUACAGCGCGAGCCUUAGGAACGGGUCAUUAGAUACUUAGGAGGGGGAGGGAGGGGGAGGGGGGUACAAAUCCAUUUUUUAAAAGGAUGAAACAAACUCGAGCAACCGAGAACUGUAAAAAAAUGACAUGGAUCACGGUUCUACGGGUCGCGUUGUAUUAGGAGAUGGAAUCGCAUGCAUGAAUAAAAUUAAAAAAAGUAAAUCUAUUCUGCAGGCACGUUUCACAGCGCCUCAUAAAAAAAGUAGCACAUUUUAUUUAUCCGCAUGGAAUUUGUAUUUUUGAUAAAGUAAAAUUAAAAUAUUUACAUUAAUCGCUAUUUUAACGUUAAAGUUAACGAGAGUUUAAUGUUUACCCUUGGUUUCCGAUGAUUUUGAGAUUUAUUGAAAAUUAAAAUUAGACAAAAUAUUUUGAAGAAAAGAAAAGAAUAAACAAUUUAUUAUGAAAAUACGGUAAAUAUGAAUAUAUGAAUUAUGAAUAAAACACACUUAUGCGUA